UGGCGCUCCUGCAGCCUGGAUUGCAGCUGACUGGCCUAUAUAUAUGUAUGUAUAUAUGAAGUAAAGAGAGUAGAGGAAGCCAAGGGGCCGGUGGGAGGUUGAAGGAGACAUGGCUGCUCUGGUACAGAUACAGGAGAACCCUCAAUGGAAGAAGCUCUUGAGCUUCGUGGGUCCUGGCUUUCUCGUCUCUGUUGCCUAUCUCGACCCUGGAAACUUGGGAACAGAUUUGCAAGCUGGAGCUGACCACAAAUAUGAGUUGCUGUGGAUCGUGGUUGUGGGGCUGACCUUCGCUCUUAUCAUGCAGUCUCGCUCCGCAAAUCUAGGAGUCGCUACCGGGAAGCAUUUGGCUGAGCACUGCAAGAUUGAGUACCCCAAGCCAGUGAACUACUGCCUCUGGAUGCUUGCUGAGGUUGCUGUCAUAGCUGCUGACAUCCCGGAAGUGAUAGGUACAGCUUUUGCGCUAAACAUUCUGCUCAAGGUACCCAUUUGGGGUGGGGUUCUGCUGGCUGGAUUGAACACUCUUCUCCUCCUUGGGUUGCAGAGAUAUGGUAUAAGGAAGCUGGAGCUGGCAAUAGCGGUGCUAGUGUUGGUGGUUGGUGGGUGCUUCUUCAGUGUGAUGGUGCAAGCCAAGCCCAGUGCUAAAGAUAUUCUCACCGGAAUGUUUGCCCCUAGAUUGGGCGGCCGGUGGGCCACAAGAGAUGCCAUUGCCCUUCUUGGGGCUCUCAUCAUGCCGCACAAUCUCUUUCUUCACUCAGCUUUGGUCACCUCAAGGAAAAUCCCACAUUCCUUUGAUGGCAUUAGGACUGCAACCAACUACUUUCUAAUAGAAAGCGGGAUGGCAUUGUUCUUCGCCUUGCUCAUCAAUGUCACGGUCAUAUCUGUCACUGGCAGCGUCUGUUGGCACCGCGAUCUCUCCCUAGAAAGCAGGGUCCUUUGCAAGGACAUAACUCUUGAUUCGGCUGCUGUCUUGCUCAAGAAUGCUCUGGGAGAGUGGAGUUCAAAACUUUAUGCAAUAUCCUUGCUUGCAUCUGGACAGAGUGCUACAGUUACAGGAACCUAUGCUGGUCAAUAUAUCAUGCAGCAGGGCUUUCUGGAUUUAAAAAUGAAGCUCUGGAUGAGGAACCUGGUGACCAGGUGCAUUGCCAUUGCUCCUAGCAUAUUAGCUUGCAUUGUUGGUGGUCCUUCGGGAGCUGCAAAGCUGAUCAUCGUUGCAUCAAUGAUCUUGUCAUUUGAAUUGCCAUUUGCAUUGGUUCCUCUCCUUAGGUUCACCAGCAGUGAAGCCAAGAUGGGCCGCCACAAAAACUCCAUACCGGUGAUUCUAAUCUCCUGGUUGUCGGGGUUCUGUUCAAUCACCAUCAAUCUUUACUUCUUGAGCAUCACUUUCAUGGGAUGGAUGGCAAGUAACCAGAUACCCAAGGCUGCAUCAGUCCUUGUGGGAGUUCUCCUCUGCCCGAUCAUGCUGCUCUAUGUUGCACUGUUGACCUACUUGACGGUGAAGAAACAGACUCCAGUCUCGAGCUCUGAUUUGGCAAUGAACUCUGUUAGGACGUCUGAAUCUAGCUCGGAGAGGGGAUCAGAUGGCAUCCACAAAGCCCAGGAGACAGAGGUUGAUGACAUUGUUUGUGCAUGAAGACAGUUCGGCUCUUACACUCACUCCUAGCCCUUGAAGCUCUGCAAAAUUCUCUGUUGUCUGGCUGUUAAAAGGAAGUUGGAAGUACUGUCUUGCCAAAAUUGUGAAUUGAGUAAUUGAUUUUUUUUAUUU